CAAAAGUAUUUAAUGUUAUUUUCUCUCUCUUCAAAAUCACAAAUUCCCACCAUCUUACACUUUACUGGAAGAACUACUCUCAAAUCUUCCCCAAUUUAUCCCCUUUUCUCAUAAUUAGGGUUAGGUUUUCAACUUUUUUUUUUUUUCGCCAUUGUUACUUGUUAGGGAGCUCCCUCCCUUCGAUUCACUCUGUGGUAAUUGAUGCAAUUUCAAAACCCUAGAAAAUCAAAUUCAAUAUCCCCAAAAUGUACGGUCAUGAGCAGCAUUUGAGCGUUUCACCUUCUCCUACUCAGUUGCAAGAAUCCCGGAAUUUGAUCGACGAAAGCGACGUCGUUCAAGGGGUUGAAGAGUCAAUCGACGAUCAUUAUCACCACCAUAAUCAGCAGAGGUGCUCCGACGAUGGUUCCGUCGCUUUUGAGGGAGAUUCAAUCUACGCCGUUGAUAAUUUUGGGAGGAUUGAGGGUUCUGAUCAGCUUACGCUUUCGUUUCGCGGACAAGUUUAUGUCUUUGAUUCUGUCACUCCUGAUAAGGUUGAAGCGGUUUUAUUGGUUUUAGGAGGGAAUGUGGGAGGGAGUGCACCAUCUCUUGCUACACCAGGUACAGAAGUACCACAAGUAACACAUGGGAGCCAGCAGCUUCAGGAUAUGACAGUGUUUCCAGGACGCAGUAGUCAACCACAGCGAGAGGCAUCCUUAAAUAGAUUUCGUCAGAAGAGGAAAGAGCGCCGCUUUGAUAAGUUGAUUAGGUAUAAUGUUCGACAAGAAGUGGCAAUGAGGAUGCACCGAAGUAAGGGACAAUUUACAUCUACAAAGAAAGGGGAUGAAUCUUCUGGCUGUAAUGCCCAAGAUUCAGGUUCUGAUGAGACACAGUUAGAGACAUUAUGUACUCAUUGUGGAAUCAGUUCAAAGUCAACUCCGAUGAUGCGACGUGGACCAAAUGGACCUAGGACUCUUUGUAAUGCUUGUGGGCUUGUGUGGGCUAACAAGGGUACUUUGAGGGAUCUUAAGAAGCAGGAUCAGUAUGUUAUGCCAAAUGAGAUGACUGGUGGAUCCCCGUUUAGAGCAACUGAUAUCCUUGGAGAAGCGAAGUAUGUUAAUUUUGGAGAAAAUGACAGUCAGGCAUUAGUAGUACAACAUUAAUUCUCUUGUCACUAGCCGCUGUCGCUUUUCUGAGAAUGCUGCUAGGUAUUUCUUCGCGACUGUACAGAUAUGACAUGACACGGCCUUAUUAAUACAGAAUCGACUUGUUACAAACUGCACUUUGAACUUGUGAAAGAAACAUACUCUGAAAAUUACACAUCAUGUUGACACCCUUGACAUGUUGUCUAGUAUCUCAUCUAUCAUAAUCUGAGAAUCACAGUUGUUAAAAUGUUGAAUUUAUGAACUUCAGUUGACUGUUGUGCUGCCGAUUUAGAUUAACUAAAAACUUAAGUAUGAAUUGUACCUUAAAAGUGGGAACUUUUUGUAAAAUUACCAGAACUGUUUCAGCUUUGAGUAUUUAAAUUCUACACUAUGUUACCAUGAUCCUA